AUGGGGAUUGGCGCAGCUGCCGCCGGGACCAUGGUCUUCCAUGUCGCCUCCACCGGGACCAUGUUGUCAGACCUUGCCUUCCGCCCUUCCCUGUACGGGAUUAAAUUUGCUGACGCUAGACGGCUGAAACAGAAGAAAUCGAGGAAGGAUAAGGGAGGGGAGAGGAGGGAAAGGGAAGAGGGAGAGAGGAGAAACAGGACGCCGGCGGGGGCUGGGCUCCAGCGGCGGCGGCGCUUUAGUGCGGUGGAGGUAGGGUGGCAGCUGCGGUGUCGCGCCGUGGGGCAGAGCGAGCGAGAGGGAGCAGGGCAGCGGCGAGACGGCGGAAGGGCGGUAGCGGCCUUGGCUCCAGCGAGGAAGAAGCACGGGGUGAGCAGCGGUGCCAGAGCAGGAAGCAUAGAAGAGGAGGAGGUAGAGGGAAAGCAAAGCAGGACGCCGGCGAGGGUGCUUGGCCGCUCACGGCUCCAUCAGGCAGAGGCGAGCGCGGCUCUCUGCCUCGGGCGGAGGUACAGAGCAGGGCCGCGGCGGCGGUGUGGAGCAGAGCAGAGAUGGGGAGAGGGAGAGGAGAAUGGAGGUGGAGUGGGAGAGGAGGAGCUCAAGCUCGGGGCGAGGAUGGCGAGCUCCGUUGGCCCCCUUUUAUAG